UUACAACAUUAAAACAAAUAUACAAAGAGCGCCGCAUGUAUCCGCGUACCAGAUUUAUCUGAUUUCUUUUGCUUUAUUUGCCAAGAUAUUGCCAAUCAGCGCAUUAGUUUUAUUCGGCUCUUUGGUUUGGCAGAGUGCCGCCUUUUACAGAGAAAUUCAACAGGAUGUUGAGAGGAAAUUGAAGAUGAAGAAGGAAAACAUUGGCAAAUGGAAGCGCAGUCUAAAUUUAGUCGACGAAUUAGUCGACCGAAUUAACGAAUGUUUCGGUCUGAUCCUGUUGGUGUCGAUCGCCCACUUUUUCGUCGAGUUUAUUGCACGUUCGUUUUACAUCAUCAGCUGCUUUUUAAGGAACCAACUGGAUUUGAUUGACAUGAUAACCAUGUCAUCAAGGAUCUUUCUUCUGUGGUACUUCGUCUGUUGUCCCUCAAAAGUUCAGGACAACGCUGUCCAAGUGGCCAUUUCCCUUCGUAAAGUCGAUUACGUUGACAUUCAUCUGAAAAAUGAAAUCUCUUUCUUAACAACGGACAUAAUUCAGAACCUACCCGGAGUUUCCGCCUUGGGAUAUUUCGAAGUCAACGCUCAGUUAAUACCAAAGUUGAUUGCAACUACUUUGACAUACCUGGUGAUUCUCUGUCAGUUUCAAAGUUCUGAAAAUAAUGAUUGAAUACUUCCAGGAAUACCUUGCAGUUCAGCAGCACUUCAAAAUGUUGGGCUUGUUUGUCAUAUACUGCUUAAUAGAGCUCUGUAAAAGCGAUUAGUUUAGAGCGCCAAUUUAGUACGGUAUUUGGCGAGCGUUCUUUGGCCACCUCCUUUUUUAUGCGACUAUUUUUCAAGAAUCGUCAAGAAUGUAAUGUAUUGGAGAAAUUAACUUGUUGUACCCAUCUAGAUUGUUAAGAUGUUCACUGCUUGCUGAUUAAAUUUUUAA